AUGGCGGUGAAAUUUCUCCUAGAUCAGGCCAUGGCAUUUCGGGAUCUUAUAGAUCUCCAAGAUAACAAAGGAAAUACAGCUUUGCAUGUAGCCGCUACUGUAGGAGAUUUCCAUAUUUUAAGAAUUCUUACAAAUGACUCAAGAAUUGACAAAGGAGCUACAAACAAGGACAAAAAGACAUUUGUUGACAUAAUCCUAUCAAGCAAGGAACUACAGGAUACUGAAAUUUGUAAUGGAUGUGGUCCAGUUGAAGAUCAUGGUGGGUUUGGAGAUAGAAUUGUUUUACCACCAGUGGAUACAAGAAAAACGAAUAAAGCAGAGAGUAAGGAAAAUAAAAAAGAUGAAAUACAAAUUGAAGAAGACGAAACCGGCUGUAAACAGCAAAUUAAUGAAGCAGAGAGUAAGGAAAAGAAAGAAGUUGAAAUAAAAGUUGAAGAAAACGAAGAAGCCGGCCGGAACCAACCUGAAAAGAUGGUAAUGGUGUCAUCAGACAAGAAGGAGCUGUCUAAAAAUGAAGGAGGAUUUGAAAAUAUGAUGAACGAUUUCACCAACCUCAAUAUACUGGUAGCAACAAUCAUUGCCACCGCCACUUUUGCGGCCGCUUUUACAAUGCCCGGUGGUUACAACAACCAAGGGCUACCAGUUCUCCACAGAAGUAAAGAAUUCAAACGGUUUCUGUUUUAUGAUCAACUGGCUCUUUCUCUAUCUACUGCGUCCUUGUUGCUCCACUUUUUUCUCACGCUAUUAGGAAAAAUAUUCACAGCCACUUUAUUCCCAGUUGCUUUGACAGGAUAUCUUACAGGAUUCGCACUUUUCACCAUGGUUUUUGCUUUUGACCAAGGCAUAAAGACAGUCAUCCCUAGAACAGAGAACCACGAGUACCUCAAGGAUGUAGAUAUGAUUACGACUCUCAUCAUGUUUAUUGGCUUCUACGUCUUUGUUUUUUCUUCUUCUCUAUUACUGGGCAACUUAUACGCAACAGCUAGAAGAUUUGCGCCUCCCAAGAGCGUCAGAAGUCGUUUUGGACUCUGGAGUUGA